GUUCUUUUCUUUCUUUAUAUUCUUUACUUUUUUCCACAUACACACAAAUAACAUAUUCAAUAUGGUAAAGAAUAUAUUAUUUUGAAAUACACAUAUAUAUUAUCUAUAUAUAUAUAGCUUUAUUCUUCUAAAGGAACUAGUUUUUGUCGUCUUUUUUUUUUAUAAUGGAUGAUACUUACUGAUCUUUUUUUUCUUCUUCUUCUUUCUAUUACUUACACCUAGUCGAUUAUGCAAUAUAAUGGUGGCUCUGUAGUAGCUAUGGUUGGCAAGAACUGUGUAGCCAUUGCUGCUGAUAAACGAUUGGGUCAACAAUUUAUGACUGUAUCUACUGAUUUCCAAAAGAUCUUUCAAGCUUCAGAAAAAAGCUUUAUUGGUUUACCAGGUUUAGCUACCGAUGUCUUGACCUUAGCGGAACGAUUUCGAUUCAAAGUAAACAUGUACAAGAUGCGUGAAGAACGGGAUAUUGAACCAAAGACAUUGGCACAUAUGGUAUCAUCAACGUUAUACGAACGAAGAUUUGGACCUUAUUUUGUGGAACCAGUGGUUGCAGGAUUAGGGAAAGACAAUCAACCUUUUAUUUGUUCCAUGGACUUGAUUGGAUGUAUCAAUUUUGCAAAAGACUUUGUAGUAAGUGGCACUGCUGGACCUAAUCUUUAUGGUAUGUGUGAAUCCUUGUGGGAGCCUGAUCUUGAACCUGAAGAUUUGUUUGAAACCAUCUCGCAAGCCUUACUCAAUGCUCAAGAUAGAGAUGCUCUUUCUGGAUGGGGUGCUGUUGUCCAUAUCAUUACUCCUGACAAGAUCGUGACAAAAACCUUGAAAGCUCGCCAAGAUUAA